AAUCUGUCGGUUUAUUCCUGCUUUUUCGUAGAUCUUAAAAAGCAGCAGAAACCAGAGUCGGUCCAGCUGUACUGAACCAAAAGACCAGUGUUUCUUAACAUUUGUUAUAAUAAAUGUAUAUUUUUGUUUUGCAGCUCAAUCAGGACAAGAGCCGCUUGUUGUCAUCAUCCUCGGGAUGCUGUUGGGUCUCUGCGUGAUUGUGAUCGGCAUCCUUGUUUUCUCGAGAGACUGAAGGAUGGCGGCACAGUGGCGGUGAACUGUUGGAUGUCUCGACGAUGGAAAUGAAGACGAGGAGGAAAAUAAAAAGAGACGACGGCAGCAAUGAUACGACUUCUGUUCGGGUGAAAUCCACUGACUGUCGAGAGAAGAAGUUCAGCUCUUUGUUGUAUGUAGAAAAACAUCUCAACAUGUAUUGCAUAAAUAAAGAUAAUUCAUUUAAUCAAUUUAACAAGAGGUUAGUUGUGCAUUGUUCAGUUUUCUAAAAGCAUCCACACGCAGCAGGUCGACACAGACAGACGUAUUAUAAAGGCACCUGUUGCUGGUUUGAGAGCUUGUAGAUGCACGAAGCUUCUUUAUGACGUGUCAGGGAGCCAUGCAAGGUGCUUCAGCCAAUGAGAGCAGGCGCUGAGGGAGUCAUGAGGGAGGGCUGGAACAGGACGAUUAGUUUGGUGAGCAGAGAGAUUGUUGAGAUUCCUCCACAACUUCAAGUUUACUGAUCACAAGAUGGAAAGAGGUCAAAGACACGUGCCGGCUCCUCGCGCGACACCGAUCAUGUAAAGGAGAAAGAAAGACGUGUGGUGAAUAAAUCUACACAUGUGCAUAAACCAUGCUUGACACAAUAAAUGAGCACACAGGCAGGUACGCUGGUUAAACUAUACGAAGCCUGUUUGCUGCUCUUCUUUCUUUGCACCCUCACCUCACUGCAUUUCCUGUUGAGCCCUGUCUUCUGAGUACAAAGCUCCAGCGGUUGGCCAAAGGCAGGUAUCUGAGCUUGUGGUUUUGCAUGUUGUUUUCCGCAAACAAAUGCAAAUAGCCAUUUUUAUAAUAGACGUUUUCUGAGACAAGGAAGACAAAAGUAGUCGGCCCAGUCUGGCUCUUCUGAAAAAACUUUUUGUUCAAACAACCCAGAAAGAAAGUCAGAGCGCACUUAAAACAGAAAAACGCUUCCUGGUUCUUUGAUACCGUUCACCUGCAGUUGGGGGAAAUUGUGGUGGACGUAAAAACACAAGCGCCUGUUCUCUCUCUCCGUCCUUCCUGUGCCUCAUGUGUUGCCAUCAUCACUCCUGAUAUUUCUAAAGCCACAAGCCUUCUACCAAUUUGAGAAAUAACAAACAGUACUGCUGUGUUACCUGUGAAUUUGUCCUGAGGGGGAUCAAUAAAUAUAACUAAUAUACAGGAUAUUUCUUUUAUUUUAUUCUUUUUUUUUUUUUUUUAUCAUUUUAAACCGCGAUGACUUUGGAUCUCGAGCUGUGUUUGUGGCAGGAAGUGGGUGUUUUUUAGGGAGAUUUCAGGACAUUCGUAAGCCACGUUUGUAGCGACCAAAAGAUUUAAAACCAUGAUUGUUUAUCCUCUAUCCACAUGGUUCUGUGCCUAAACUGAAAUAAAGGAACGUGCAGCUUAAACUUAUAUGUGGUUUUGCAGAAACAUACGCAGCUAACAUUUACCCUGGUGAUAGUGAGAUACAGAGACGUGCAAUCGGAUCCAACAUAGAUUCUUUUAGAAGAGGUUUUAUUGAUUAUCAGGUUUUAAACAAGGUUGGAAUCUGAGUCCACUACAGCUACAAGCUACAGGUGUACAUGACACAUGUUCUUCUUGAAAAAGACACCAAUUAACACUCAGACCACAAAGACGCUGCCUGAACUUUAACCACAAUUAACUUCUCACAUAAACUAAACUCAUUCUGAAUAUUAAGAAGUACAUCAGUAAAAGAAAGCAACGAUAAACAUUCUAUGUGCAUGCGAGCAUUGUUUAAAAUGAUUUGCUAUAUUUAGGAGGAGGUGAGAUUUCUGUGUUUCAGCCAAUCACAAUGAUUUCCACUUGGUAGACUUUGAUGCUGGAGGGGUUACAGCUCCUCAUUUGCGUGAGCAGACAUGACAAGAGAAGCGUGCUGCACCACAAUGAUCGGAGGACUGGCUGCUUUGAUUCUCCUCAGUACUGAGCACCUCGUUCGGACAGCAGAGGUUCCUCAGCAGAUCUCUCUGACUGUGGUUCAUGUUGGUGGGAAUGUUACCCUGAAAUGUUCAGAUUCUAAGGAAAAUAAAUUCUUUUACUGGUAUAAGCUCCCUCUUGGAUAUACGGUCCAAACAAUUGCUGUAAGAACUCAUACCCAGCUAACACUCAGUGAGCAAUUCAAAAACCCACGUUUUAGUGUCAAAGAGGGAGAGGGCAGUCAUUUUCUUAGCAUUAGAAAUGUCAGCAAAGACGACGAAGCAACAUACUUCUGUCAGACUGGAUCAGUGUAUUCAGUGAGUUUUGUUAACGACACCUUCCUGGUUGUGAAAGAUCGAGAUCAGCAGAAGUCUGUCAAAGUGGAGCAGAGUCCGGCGGCAGCAUCGGUCCAGCCGGGCCACGCUGUGACUCUCCGGUGUUCACUUCACCCCAGGAACAAAGAGGACAGAGUCCAGUGUCCAGGUGAACGCAGUGUGUUCUGGUUCAGAGCGGGAUCAGGAGGAUCUCAUCCGAGCAUCAUUUACCCUCAGAGCAACAGCAGCUGUGACCGAGAGGACAGGAGCUGCGUCUACAGUCUGUCCAAAACUGUCAGAGACUCAUCUGAUAAUGGGACCUACUACUGUGCUGUGGUCACAUGUGGAGAGAUCCUGUUUGGUGAAGGAACCAAAGUAAACACAAGAUCAGAAGUGGACCCAGUUGUCUCGGUGCUCGGAGUGCUGCUGGCCUGCUGCGUCUCCGUGAUCACCGUCCUGAUCUUCUGCGUAUGUCGAAGGAGAGUUUGUGAGCACUGCAAAGCAGGAGCAGGCGGAGCCUCCCAUCAUCCUGGACAUGACGGGGCGGCAGUGGAUCAAUCACCUGACCUGGAUGGUGAUGCAGAGGCAGUAAACUACGCAGCGCUGGAUUUCUCAUCGAGAAAAGUGAAACGAGCGACGAAGAAGAAGAAGAAGAGCGAGUCGCCACAGGAGUGUGUUUACUCCGCUGUGAGAGCAGAGCAACACACACGGCCCCGACCCCAUCUGUAGGCUGAGCAGGGCCUCCCG